GAGUGUGCAGCUCUGUGAGUGUGCAACUCUGUGAGCGUGCAGCUCUGUGAGUGUCAGCGUGCUGCUCUGUGAGUGUGCAGCUCUGUGAGUGUGCUGCUCUGUGAGUGUGCAGCUCUGUGAUUGUGCUGCUCUGUGAGUGUGUCAGUGUGCAGCUCUGUGAGUGUGCUGCUCUGUGUGUCAGCGUGCUGCUCUGUCAGUGUGCUGCUCUGUGAGUGUGCAGCUCUGUGAGUGUGUCAGUGUACAGCUCUGUGAGUGUACAGCUCUGUGAGUGUGCUGCUCUGUGAGUGUGCAGCUCUGUGAGUGUGUCAGUGUACAGCUCUGAGUGUGCAGCUCUGUGAUUGUGCUGCUCUGUCAGUGUGCAGCUCUGUGAUUGUGCUGCUCUGUGAGUGUGUCAGCGUGCUGCUCUGUCAGUGUGCAGCUCUGUGAUUGUGCUGCUCUGUGAGUGUGUCAGCGUGCUGCUCUGUCAGUGUGCAGCUCUGUGAUUGUGCAGCUCUGUCAGUGUAUCAGUGUGCAGCUCUGUGAUUGUGCUGCUCUGUCAGUGUAUCAGUGUGCAGCUCUGUGAGUGUGCUGCUCUGUUAGUGUGUCAGUGUGCAGCUCUGUGAGUGUGCUGCUCUGUGAGUGUGCUGCUCUGUUAGUGUGUCAGUGUGCAGCUCUGUGAGUGUGCAGCUCUGUGAGUGUGUCAGCGUGCUGCUCUGUCAGUGUGCAGCUCUGUGAUUGUGCAGCUCUGUCAGUGUAUCAGUGUGCAGCUCUGUGAUUGUGCUGCUCUGUCAGUGUAUCAGUGUGCAGCUCUGUGAGUGUGCUGCUCUGUUAGUGUGUCAGUGUGCAGCUCUGUGAGUGUGCUGCUCUGUGAGUGUGCUGCUCUGUUAGUGUGUCAGUGUGCAGCUCUGUGAGUGUGCAGCUCUGUGAGUGUGCUGCUCUGUGAGUGUGUCAGCGUGCUGCUCUGUCAGUGUGCAGCUCUGUGAGUGUGUGAGUGUGCAGCUCUGUGAGUGUGCUGCUCUGUGAGUGUGCUGCUCUGUGAGUGUGUGAGUGUGCAGCUCUGUGAGUGUGCUGCUCUGUGAGUGUGCUGCUCUGUUAGUGUGUCAGUGUGCAGCUCUGUGAGUGUGCUGCUCUGUGAUUGUGCUGCUCUGUCAGUGUGCUCUUCGGUUUUAGUUGCCUGCCACAGACAUACGUAGUGCGGGCUAGAUCAGCCAAAGUGUCUUCAUGUAAGAGCAGCGCCAUCUAGAGCACAGCAGUGUACUGCCAGCAACACAAAAGGAAGCUUUACUGUAGCUGACUUGGCAUGUAGCCUGCCUCGCACGCUAGCCUGCAUCUUUCAUCUUUGUAUUGUUUUGUGAGUUCGCAGCUCUGCGAGGUCCUUUCUUUCUGAACUCAUUCCCUUCAUUCCAGCUCCAGAGUGGGCUUGGUGUUUCAAAAAGGAAAGCGCGUCCUGACCUGCACUGUAUUGUUCUUGUGGAAAGUACCUGCUUGUAAUUCUGUGUGGACUGCGUCGCUCUCUUGGGUUUUAUCAGUUUCCUCACUGUUUGUGCUUGUCAUGGUGUUGAAAGCUGAUCUCGCUGGCGGGUAGGGUGAGGGCGCUAUGGCAACCACAAAUAAAAACUAAAAAACACAACUCCAUGAUUCAGUGAUCCGUUUCAUAAGCUUCUGUUAUUUAUUCCAGUCCCUUAUUGCACAAUAAGGGCAUGCUGUGUGUUCAAGCAGAGGCAAGGUAAAGCACAGCUUAGACACUGAUUUAAAACCAGAAAUACGGGAACUAAUGUGUGAGUGAAGAAAUGAAUGAAGGGCAAGACAAUGGCUAAUGAAACGAGGAGCAGCCUGUGUGUGUCGGGUGCGUGCAGGCGUGUUCCUGCCCUGUGCUCAGCGGCAGUGCGUGUUGUCUUGUGUCUCUGUGUCUUCAUCAUGGUUAUAAAUAGUGCGGCUCUUGGCUGACAGAGACAGGAUUACUGAGGAAACUGACUGGCAGUGCGGAUCUACCCAGACACGCUCACACACACACACACACACACAAACAUGCUGACACACACACACACACUUACACACACACUCACGCUGACGCUCACACACACACAAAAUGCUGACAAUCACGCACACACACACACAAAAAAAAUCUAAGAAACAUCCAAAUGAAAAGGCUCUGAUAAGUUUUGCCGCAGGCCGCAAUGGCGUCUCAAUCCAGUUUACGGGAUACUUGCUAAUUCCAGUCAUUUUAAAGAGAGGACAGACGCUGUGGCAUGUGCUGAGUGAUGUGGUCAGCCAGCCGGCUGUUCAGAUCUGUCAGUGUGUCUGUGAUCUGACAGCGAUCAAUUGAGAGCAUACACACACAUGCUAUUGAUAAUUACCCCCCUCUCUCAACCCCCCCAGGGGGGUGACACUCCUAAACCUAAAAAACGCAGAAACACAAAUUCUGAUGGCUGUGUUCAUCUUAAUGUUCUUAUGCACACAGAUCUUUAAGUCGUGCUCCUCUGUGCUUUACAAUGCCAAGACAAUCUCAGAGAAUGAUCUUUACCAAUUCAGCCAUCCCACACAGGCCAGCACAAGCACUUGCAUGGAUCCAACAGCUUGAGACAGGUUCCAGGAAUGAGCUCAGUAAACGUCCUGUCAGUAUUGCAGUAUUGCACUGGCUGUGUGUAAGUGUGGAACUGGACUGUGGACUUGUUUAGAGACAAUUGAUUUCAUUGAUCAUUGUGCCAGAACGCUGGCCUUGUUUCUCAGGUUCUGAACAGGCUGUCGUUUUUCCCAUUCGUCUUACUGUGAUACAGUAUUGUUAAAAGCAGCGCAGAGUGUAUGAAAGCUUCGUACUCUUAGUAUUCUGAUUACCCUCCUAAUCAGAAGUGGUGAGGAGGGAGGUAAGUUCCGUCAAGUGGAGGAGAGGUGUUGUGUAAUCAGACCAGCAUUGCACUGUGCAGAGCAGAGGACUGGAGCCUCAGAGCAAACAUGUUGCACCUCGUGUGAGACUGCCCUGCGGGGGCAGCCAGUAGGAGGCCUGGGAUCCUGGAGAGGGGCGUGGCCUAGCAGCUCAUUUGAAUGGGCAAGCGAGUGCGUGUGUGUGAGAGAGGGAGAGAGCGGGCAGACCUGUGUUUCUGUCCCAGCGAUUGCUCACUUAUUCCACUACGCUCACUCGAGAGGCACACAGGAGAGAAGCAGCUGCAGGAUACGAGGAAUCUGCAACCUCAAGUUCAGCAGGCUAAUUUUACUGCGAAGUGGAAAAACAAUUAAACGCUGAAGAGUGAAGCUGGAUUCCUGCGGAGUGGAGCUGAGCAGCGGUGUUCAGCUCUCCCUUAGUGCCAGAUGUGCUCACGAGGAAGACUGUCACACUGAAAUCUCCCAGCGAUAACUGGUCUGGAACUGACAGAGUUCAGCUUUCUAACAGCUGGAUUAGAUGCUGUGAUAACGGUGAAAGACUAGGAGGGACGGUCAUAAAAGAAAGACAGAGAGGGAGAGAGCGCAGCGAGUGUGUGAAAUCCAGUCCUUCACUUUCUAACUGACUCACAACCGACACCAGCUGACCCCUGUGCUGCCCACCUGACCAGUGCGAACACACAGGCGAGGUCGCAGAGGCUCCUGACAGCCAGAGCUUAACUGGAAAGUAUCUGUACUGGUCAGUGACCAGUGAGCACUCACACAGGAGUGAGUAUACAGAAACGAUCGCUCACGGACACCCAGGCAGAGAGACAGACAGACAGACAGUGUACACCACGUCAGAGUACAGCUUCUGAAAGAUGCAGUCUACCCAUAUGAAAGUGACCCCUGUGUAUGUCUCUUAUAGGUGACAGUGUGAUCAAUAUUAUAUAUAGGUGUUGCAUCUAUACAUCACAUGGCCUCUCUUAUUUUUAAGAAGUUCCUAAUAUAGCAGACUGCACCUCUCUAAACGACCUGCGUUGAGUGCUCUGGGCUCCUGUCCUCUGCAUCCAUCCUCUUCCACACAUCCCUCACCGGUCGCUUCCUCAGUAGGCUGUCUUCGGGAGUCUGCCUGGACGGGACUGAGCCGUGCCAGUGUGAGACAGCGUCCUCGUGUGGAGCACGACAGGAUCGCAGACGUUUUUUACCGUUUCAUUUUCCUCUUGUUCCUGAAGCCUCACAAUGGCUGCCGGGGCCAUUCUUCUUCUGUUGUCCGUCGUUAUCCACCAAUCACCCGCGGCCUCCCCUGUGCAAACCACGCCCUCGUUGAACUUUGACCACAACCUCCUCUCGCCUUCCGAGCUCAGAAACUACUCCUCCGCCCAACGGAAUUCUGACUCGGCCAAUCUGAACUCGGGGCAGCAGCCAGGUCCGCCCACCUUUCCCGUACCCGGCUGGAAUGAAGGUCCGGUAGAGGAGAUGUUGCCAGAACUUCCCUUGGUGGAGUCCAGUAUAGACCCCAGCGUUACAGUGGACAACUCCAUAGACGCUAGUGGUGACGGGGAAGGAGCUGCUACAGAGCCUGGUGAAGAGCAGCUAACAGACCCUGCCAUAGAGCCUGGUGAAGAGCAGCUAGCAGACCCUGCCAUGGCUGCUCCUGAGCCGACUGAGAAGGGUACUCUGCUGCCCCCAGUGGACAAAACUACAGCAGCGACAGCAGCGGGAUCUCCACUUCUGACAGAAGUGGAUUCCAGGACAGCAUCCACAGCUCCCAGUCCCAACAAGGAUGGCUUUACCCAGCUCCUGGAGUCUCCCAUUUCCAGUAAGGAAACUGAGAUGGAUGCGGAUUCAGGAAAGUUCAGAGAGGAUUGGGAAAGCACUAGGGAAAUGGGGAAUAAUACUGUGGAUCCUAAAGGAACUACUGCAACCACCCUCAGCCCUGACUCUCCCAGCGCCAAACUGGAGUCACUGAAUCCACUGGAGGCUCCCCAGUACCUGAAACCAGUAACCAUGAUGGUGCCGCCAUCGUCUCCCACUCCACCCACCCUCACCACAGCGUUCAAAAUGAACCCUGGUGCUACUUCUGCUGGGACCACACCCCAGGGGUGGCCAGGGGCUGGUUUGGCAUUCGAAUCGGACACUGACACCCCCAAAACAGCCGUGAAAACCCAAACUGGGACCCUGCCAACCCCCGCAGAAACAGAAGCCCACCUUCUGGUCCCCCACACCCCAAAACAGGAGCCGGUCACUUUUCCAGAUUCAGGGCGCUACCUUUCCUCCUAUCAGACCACACAAUCCGUGCUUCUGCUGCGGAACCCUCAGGGGGGUGAUGUCACACGCCCGGCUGAUGAGGUCACAAUGGCCAAUUCAAACAACAAUGAUGCUGACCACUUCCUGUCUCCCAGAACAGAUGGGGAAACUGUGGGAAUUCCUGGCCCCGACGCCAACCAGACACCUCAAAACACAGUUCAAACCAAACCCCCAAAUCCCCAGGGUCUUUCAACCACCUCUUCAUCUUCCUCUGUGUAUCCUGUGACCACGGGAACAGUGAGGUACGCAGAGGGCAACACCGCCACCUACAGGGCUACCUUGAUAGUGCAGGCUCAGGCCACCACCCCCUCCUUACUGCUGACCGCUAGGACUGAGAUGACCUCUACCCUCUCACCCGCCACCACCUCCACCGCUGUGCUCAAACCUACGAAGCAGACGAGAGCGGCGCACAAAGUGACCCCCACUAGCCAGCCUCCCCUCACCCCCCUCUCCACAGCGAAGAGGGCGGACAAAGGUGUUACAAAGACCCAGGGGACAACCAGUGAUGACAAUGUGACAUCAUCAGCCCCGAUGGGGGUCGUUCCCGUGGGAGGGGCCGAGCUAACGACAGCCAAUCACCAGUGGAGAACAGAUCCCAACAAGAGACUGACCCCCACUCCGCCACAGAAGGGGGGCCGACGCUUCAUCCCCAAAGACCCCCCCCUGGUGAACGAGGCCGCGCCCACCCUGGGACGGCCGGCCGGCAGCAGCCCUGGCCCGGCUGUGGUGACCCCCAGCCCACCUGCCCCGCAGCCCUGUCCCGGAGGCCUCGGAGCAUGCAGCCUGCUCCCCCUCCCCAACAGGACCUCGUCCCUGCGCUGGAUGGACCUGCGGCGCACGCUCUCCUUCGCCUGGGAGAUGCAUGUCUUCGGCACUGCGGCGCUCUUUCUCCUGCUGGCCCUGGGGGGGCUGAUAAACCUGAUCGGGACCCCCAUUCUCGAGCCCUCUGCCCGGGCUUGCCUGGGACUCGCCAACGCUCUGCUGGUUGUAGCUGGGGUGGUCCGGGGCGGCUAUUUCCUGACCGACCCCUACGGGACUAAAGACCUGCUUCCCCGGCCGGCUGUCAUAGGGCUCUACAAUCUGGGCUUCCCUCUGCUCCUCUCCGCCUUCGGGGUGCUGUGUCUGUUGGGGUACAGGACGGCCGGGCUGCAGGUGCUCCCCGAUGGCCUCCAGCGUCUGCCCCUGGCUGGGGUGGUGGCCCUCCUGCACUCCACUCUCCUCCUGGCCGUGGAUCUCCUCUUCCUCGCCCUCAACCCUUCCGUCCACAUGGUCCUGCAGGUGCUGUCUGUGUCCUGGGGGGCCUUCCUCACCGCCGGGUUCCUCUACACUUACCCCCGGCUGCGGAGACAGGCCGCCAGCCCCUCGCUGGAGGAAGGGGGCUUCGGGACGGUCGACGGCUGCAAUAACGCGAUGGCCGUGGCCUCUGGUCUGAGCUCCAGGAGCAAGACGGUCCUACUCCUCUGGCGGGUGCUGGCUAUCUGCGCGGUGCUGGGCUUGCUGUGUUGUGGACUGCAGGUCUAUGCUGUCCUCUGGCUCUACGGCAUCCUGGGGGACUGGCGGCACUUCACCUGGGCCUGGUGGCUGGUCCAGUUCUGGUACCGGCUGCUGGAGCUGGCUUGGGGCUUCUUCAUGCUGGUGGUGGCUUCCUGGAUCUUCUGGCGCCGAGGAGGAGGUGGGGAGGAUGGCGGCUGCACCGACAGCCACACCUGCUGGGUGAAGAUCUUGCAGAGCUUCUGCGGCCGGAGACAGCAGAAACUGGACAGCAACGGGGGCAGCUCCAACGGGAUCGGGAGCAACGCCGAGUUCCCCAACAACUGGGCCUCCCAGGAACGCAACGGAGCAGAUAUCAGCAAGAGCCUGAUCCGGAACCGCCCGGAAACCCUGCCCCUGAGGGCCCUGAAGGAGAGCAACGAGCGCCAAGCCAGGCUGGCCCUCCAGGGCGGCUCCACCAGCUCCCUGCUGUUCCUGAGGCAUGGGCUGGGGUCCAGGGGCAAGCUUCACAACCUGUCCCUGCUGCGGCGGUCCCACAGCACCGUGUGCCUCGAGAAGGAGUCCAUCCUCUCACUCGCGGACUUCGACCUCCGGCCACCGUCCCCCAUCGACCUGAGCCGCAGCAUCGACGAGGCUCUCUUCAGGGAGCACCUGGUGAAGGACAGCCUGUUCAGCAGCUUCAUCCCUCACCGCUGGCUCAACGCUGCGGAUUCACGCACUUCCCUGGCGGGGGAGCUGUCCUCCACCCGCACGGGUUGCGAGCCUCUACUGCUGUCCUCUGUGGCCGCCUCGUCCCCUGCUGGCUUCAGAUACCGGCGCAGCAGCGACCCCAACUUUCUGUACAGCCUGGCAAAGGGCAGCUCGUGGGCAGAGCCUAGCGGGCAGACGGAGAGGGAGGAAUGUGAGAAGGAGGAGGAGAAAGAGAGGGAGACUGCCUUCCAAGGAAAACACAGCUCUACUCCCUCCAGCAGUAAUUUGACCACAGCAGUGACCACCAGCCUAGCAACAGGUUCAAAGACCCCCAAACACUUGCCAAGGACUCCCCCCAUUAGUACCGGCAGUCCGCUCACACCUCCGGUCUCAAUCCGCUUGCACCGGACCCCCUCCAACAACACCUCUCUGGACAGCCUCUCCGGGACCUCUCUCUCUCUGCAGACCGGGCAGGGCAUCACGCCCACGGACGACCUUCGGGAGCCCUUCCUAGGGGUCAGGGUUCAGGGGUCGGAGCUGGACGACUCGGAGAGGGAGGCCAGGCGGAGCUUCCUGGAGAUCAGCCGACAGAUCGACUCGCUCAGCAUCUGCAGCGACACCAUCGACCUGUGAGCCCAAGGAGCGACUGCGCCCCCUGGAGGAUGAGUGAAUGCCAUGCCCAUGCCGUGACUGCUGCUCCUGCACUCAUUGCAGUACAGUGUUUAUAGAGACACCACUUUUUUUUCUUUUUUUUUUUUUGUUUGGUGCGGGUUGCAGAUCAAAAAUACUACUGUGACGAGUCCCUGAGUGUUAAAAAAUAAAUAAAAAAGGCUUGUGACCCGUUCCUAAUCAGGGAGCGCUUCACAUAAACUUUCUUUUUAAAGACCACUUGAAGAGAGGAACAACAGAGAUGGACCGAGCAUAUGAAGUGACGCUUUCAAUAAGAGACUAUUAAAGCCACGCGGCAGUGCCUUUGUCAAUGUUAUUAGCAAAGCAGGCCAGCAUAUCACACGUGGAGCACGUUGUACAGACUGUGUGGACUUGUUUAUUCACACUUGACGGGAAUAAGCGAUGGGAAGAUGCUUCAGUUUCUGAGCUAUACUAGACUGACUUAAAAGGCGAUUUUAAUAUAUUAUUAUUGGUAUUAUUAUUAAGAAUAUUAUUUUGUAUUAAUUGUAUCAUUUUUUUAUCAUUGUUAGUGUUCUAUUCUGUAAUAGAAUACUGACAAGCCAGUACGUCUUUUUUUUUUUACUUACUUGAACCUUGAAAAGUGAAACCUGAACAUCAGAGCCUCUAUCUAUGUUGCAGGGAUGGAAAUAAAGACUCCUGUUGCACAGCAGUUUCAUCCAUUCCUGGUUUUACUAUGAGUUUAAUAAGACACACCUGAACUUGUUACCUGUACACUGUGGCUAAUCAAGCAAAUAUACACAUCUGGAAUGGAUGAAACAGCUAUGCAAUAGGAUUCUUAUUUCCAUCCCUAAUAUUGUGUGUUUAAAAAUACAGGACAGAGACUUUAAAAGGACUUGACAGUAUCUCGAGCAACUAGCGCCAUCUGCUGAGUCUUACAAGUACUUGCUAUUAAGCUACAGAGCAGUAUUGUAGUGUAGUUCAGAUCCCAGUGUAUAUAAUGCAUCUCUAAUGCAAUGGAAUGUUUUUUCCUCACACAAAUAGGGACAGAAGCUGUUCCAAUGAAACUCUGUAGAAAUAUUCCAGGAAUACCCUUCACUGUUUUUCCAUGAAGCCCCCCACAUUCCGGUGUCCGUUUGGUGUAACGUUGCGCUGCUUCAUAAGCUACAUUUCAUUUCAUUUCAUUACGUCUCAGUACAUUUCAGUGCAUCUCAAUGCAUCUCAAUAGAGCUGCUAUGAUCAGGAUGCAGGAGGUGUUGGGUUUGACUAACUUGUGGGUGAAAGAAAGAAAAAAAGGGUUGCAGUGGGUUUGAGUCGGACAAUGGUUCAAGAAAGUGCUGGGCUGCAGGGUGGAAGGCAGUGGGUCUGAGUCGGACAAUGGUUCAAGAAAGUGCUGGGCUGCAGGGUGGAAGGCAGUGGGUUUGAGUAGGACAAUGGUUCGAGAAAGUGCUGGGCUGCAGUAGGUUUGAGUAGCUCAAUGGUUCGAGAAAGUCCUGGGCUGCAGUGGGUUUGAGUAGCUCAAUGGUUCGAGAAAGUGCUGGGCUGCAGUGGGUUUGAGUAGCUCAAUGGUUCGAGAAAGUGCUGGGCUGCAGUGGGUUUGAAUAGCUCAGUGGUUAGAGCACACAUUCACACACAUUUCUUAGAAGUACAACACACAACACAAGCUGCUUGUAUACAACACUCCUAUCAUUUAGAAGCCAAGACUAACGUUAAGAAACCCACGUGUCAGUCGCAUGCUGCAUUCAGAAGUUGAAAUCAGAACAGAAGGGUCAUUAUCAAUGGUUAAGUGACUGGUAGCAGUGCAGGUGUCUGUCUGCUGUAGGACUGAGGAAUGGAAACCCAGGUCCCACUGCAAACCCAAUACCUGCUGCACAGGAAGGGAGGAAGGGAAUGGAUUGCUAGUGUGGUGGUGGCAGGAUGAGGGAUCGAGGAUGGUGUCAUUCAGCUAAACGAUAGGGGGAGAGAAUGCUGUUAGAGCUAAGAAAUGGAUCAGAACCACCAAGUGGACUAAAGAGAACCAGCUGUAGAAAAUGAACUGUAUUAUAUUUGUACAACACUUUGUAAAGCCGUUGUUGUGUAUGAUAAUAAACUGUAUAAGCGUUUCAUGUUUUUUGUUAGAGAGCUUGAAGACGUGGCACAGUGUUUUGAAGUCACCCUGGCCUGCAUUGUAAUCCUCAAUGAAAUGUAACCAGCUCUCUUUGUUACCUUUAAAUAAGAUAUAUGUUUUAUAUGAAUGUUUUAAAGUCUAUACAUCACAUAUUUUGUGUCAGAUUUCCCUGUAUACAGUAUAUAAAAUAAAAUCAAAUCUCUAUAUUGUGA